AUGGCUAUCACCAACGAAGCGCCAGCGCAGGCCACCACUGCGCCUAUUGAUCACGCUGAUGGGAAAGAGGCACCUGCCCAUAUCGAACGCACGGAAACGAAUGAAAAUGACAUCGGCCUUGCGAAGGUGAUGAUGGAUGCCAAGGUGGACGAGUUCGGUGCUCGUAGCAAAACGAAUCCAGAAGAGAUUGCCUUGGUCAAGAAAUUAGACCGCACGAUCUUGCCUAUGCUUUGGAUAAUGUACUUCUUCAAUUUCCUCGACCGAAACGCCCUCGUCAAUGCUAAGCUCAAUUCGCUUGAAAAAGAUCUUGGCCUCAAGGGCACCCAAUACAACACACUCAUCUCGAUUCUGUUUGUUGGCUAUAUCGCAGGACAAAUUCCUUCCAACAUGAUUCUUAAUCGUGUCAGGCCCUCGUGGUAUCUAGGCGGAUUCUGUUUGGCUUGGUCGGUAGUUUGUCUGUUGACCUAUCUGGCCAAAGACUUUGGAGGCAUGUUGGCAUGUCGCUUCCUCCUAGGUGUGACUGAGGCUCCGUUCUACCCCGGCGCUCUUUUCCUUUUAGCGCUAUUCUAUACCAAGAAAGAAAUCGCGACAAGAAUGGCCAUCUUCUACACCGGCAACAUGAUAGCCUCCAGUUUCGCUGGUCUCAUCGCUGCUGGCGUCUUUGCUGGACUUGACGGGGUUCGUGGGCUUGCUGGAUGGCGAUGGCUCUUCCUCCUACAGGGCACUUUCUCGAUUGUGGUUGCCCUUUUCUCGUUCUUCUUGUUGCCCGAUCAUCCCCUGACGACCCGCUGGCUCACCCCAGAGCAGAGGCAAUUGGCACACAACCGCAUCGCUGCCGACACUACCCAGCGCGAGGAGGCUACCAGCGUAUGGGUCGGUCUUCGACAAGCUCUCGCUGACUGGCGUACCUGGGUCUUCUGCCUCAUGUACAACACCCACAUCUCCUCAGUCAGUUUCCAGAGCUUCCUCCCAACAGUUGUGAAGACUCUCGGCUACGACACAACCACCACACUGGCCCUUACAUGCCCGCCAUACCUGCUUGCCGCCAUUAUGGCCGUCGUCAUGUCGUACACCUCUGGCCGCUGGAACGAACGUACUUGGCACAUCACUGUCCUCAAGUGCAUCAUCAUCGCCGGAUUCGUCAUCCCUGCCGUCACGACCAAUAUCGCCGCCCGCAUGGUCGCCAUUUUCAUGUUCGUCACCUUCUCCUUUGGUAUCAACAAUAUUAUGCUAGGAUGGGUCGCCGCGACUCUUGGUCAAACUCCGGAGAAGAAGGCGGUCGCCCUUGCCCUCUGCAACUCCCUGGGCAACAUGUCAAGUGUGUACACACCUUAUCUGUGGCCGUCCACGGAUAACCCUCGCUUCCUCAAGGCGUGGAUGGCGAGCAUCUCCUUUUCCAUUGUUGCUAUCGCGUCUACCUGGGUUAUGCGGAUCAGUCUGCAGCGUCGCAAUACGAAACUGCGAAGGGAUGAGCCAGAGACUACUGUGUUCUAUGUGUACUAG